CCGAUCGCCGCAGACCGACGUCCGCACGCGCGCCACAACCGAAGCCAUGCUGUCCGCGUGCUUGGAGGUGCUGGGCAUGACGCUUAGCGUGACGGGCUCGCUGCUGGUGAUGAUCGCGUGCGGGCUGCCCAUGUGGAAGGUCACGGCCUUCAUCAGCUCCAACAUCGUGGUGGCGCAGACCACGUGGGACGGCCUGUGGAUGGCGUGCGUGGUGCAGAGCACGGGCCAGAUGCAGUGCAAGAUCCACGACUCCAUGCUCGCGCUCAACCACGACCUGCAGGCGGCGCGCGCGCUCACCGUCAUCUCGGCCGUGCUCGGGGUGGUGGGGCUGACGGUGACCGUGGCGGGCGCGCAGUGCACCACGUGCGUGAGGGACGAGCGCGUGAAGGAGAAGGUGGUGCACGCGGGCGGGGUGGUGUUCAUCCUCAGCGGGCUGUGCGCGCUCGUGCCGCUCUGCUGGAUGGCCAACAACAUCAUCACAGACUUCUACGACCUGCACGUGCACGCGUCUCAGAAGCGCGAGAUCGGCGCGUCCAUCUACAUCGGCUGGGCGGCGUCCGCGCUGCUGCUGCUGGGGGGGUCGCUGCUCUGCUGCUCCUUCUCGCAGGACUCCCGCAGCUCCUACCCCCUCAAGUACGCGCCCUCCACCCCCUACACGGCCGGGGGGGACAUGGACAAGAAGCAGUACGUCUGACGCUCUGGACCCGAACCGGACCGGACCAGCUGGAAGGAGUUUCCGGGUCCAGCCUCGCCGUCAAGCUCCUGGAAACUUCGGACUUCCUCCGCACCUGUGAGAGCGCGCGCGCCUGCGGACUGAUGCGCGCGCGCUGCGAGCAUGUACAGUUCUCCCGCCACUUUGUACAGUUUUUAUAAUAAACACGAAUGAGCUCAAAGCUUCA